AACCCCUUACUACUUGGGAGCUAAGGAAGACCUCUGCCAUUCUCAUGAUCAACGUUUCUGUUGCACUGAGAAAGGCGCGAUUAUUAAACACAGUGCAGCGUCAUCCCUCACAGGCUGGUCUAUCAUAUAUAUUUCGCUACAAACAUACAUCAAGGGAAUUUUGUCUUGAUAGAAAAAUAUCUCAUUCGAAGUAAUAAACGCUAGCGUGGCUGAAGUAAAUAAAAGCAUGGCCACCGCUCAAAUAGAAACUAGUGCUCAUAACAUAUGUUUGUGACGACAGCUUCAACUGUUUGCUAAUGGCAAGUGCAAGCUGUGAGAACUAUUUUUUCCCGUCUCGCCACUGCAGGCGUUCACGUAACGGACAUGGUGAGGAACGAGUCCCUGCGCUAUCGGUCAGCUAUCCUUUUCGGCUGCUCGUUCAUAUCGUUCGCAUUGUACUUCAACCUGAGGACGGGCGAGGUGAUGCGAACCAACCUCGUGGCGCGCACGGCGCUGAUCGUCCUCAAGUUGCCAGGAGUGCUGGUUGAAGUGCCCGUCAUCACGCACGCCGGAAGGCGCAGAUCCCUGGCGCUCAGCAUGGUCGUCAUGUCCGUGCUUGCCUUGUCGCUGUCCGGGGCCCACACAUUCGGCGCUCCUGACGAGCUACUCGCCACCUUGACCGUCUCUUGGCUGCUGGCGUUCGACUUAUGCGCCAUCACAAUGUUCGUCAUCUCGGCCGAGCUGUACCCUACCGUGAUGCGCGGCGCCGGCGUCGGGCUUUGUUACACCUUCGGCCGCAUGGGGGCGUGCAUGGCCCCGUUCGUCAACGAGAUCAGGUCGGCCAAGCUGAAAGGCGUCGCAUACGCUGUUGCUGCGGCGCUACUGCUGCUGUUCGGAGUGAUGGCGAUGAUGCUGCCUGAGACUACGCGGCUACUGCCCGCCAACACUGUACAAGAGAUGGUGGGCAACAAGUGGAAACUGCAAUCUCCCCUCAGGAUAGCACGCAUUGGCAAGCGCAAGCGUCCCAAGAGUGAGAAGCGAGAUCGAAGCCGAACUCGCUGAAAGAUGCCGGACGCGCCUGAGAAGGAAGUUCAUGGACUUCGGCCCAUUUGUCGCCAAACAUGUGCCCCUGGAAAAAGGCACGCGAUUUGUUUUUCUUUAUUCUCACCGCUGACGAUACAUGUAAUAUAUUCCGCUGCUCCA